AUGCGCAUGGGCGAGAACAUCGUCGAGGCGCGGGAGGACCCGGAGUGGCGCUGCCCGGUGUGCCGCGACAUCUGCAACUGCUCCGGCGCCAACUGUCUGCGCGCCAAGAGAAACUUGUUCCCGACGCAACAGCUCACGCACGAGGCGCUCUCGUUCGGGUGGCAGGCGAGGCGCAGACUGGUCCCCAUACGUUCCCGUUCGCGUUGUGCUCUUCGUUUCUGA